AUGGCGAGCAACGAAAAAAAAGACAAUUUUAAUUCUACAGCAAAUUUGGCUCGUACAACUGGGUUUCAAUCCACUUUGAGUAUAGAUUCCAAAGAUAUAAUUAGCGAUGAAAAACCCUACAAACCUUUCGAGCACCGUAAUUUGGAACAUCCUAAUUCAACGAUUGGUUCCAUUAUACAUCUCCUAAAAGCUUGCCUUGGCUCUGGUAUCCUUGCUAUGCCAGCCGCCUUUAAAAAUGCAGGUCUCGUUACUGGACUUAUUGGAACUUUGAUAGCUGGGAUAAUCUGUACUCACACAGUACAUUUAGUGGUAAAAAUAUCACAAGAAUUGUGCGUAGAAGCUAAAAAGCCAUCAAUGGGAUUUGCUGAAACGUGUGGCGCCUCCUUCGCCUUCGGUCCCAAAAGACUGAGGCACUGGAGCGGAUUUGUAAAGACUUUAAUAGAUUUUUCUAUGACUCUAACGUAUUUAAGCGUACUUUGUGUAUAUAUCGUCUUUAUUGGUUCAUCUGUUAAAGAGGUUAUUGAAGUGUACUAUCCUGAGUACAACUUCCCAAUUCAAAUCUACUGCUGCAUGACAUUUGUACCUUUAGUUUUAAUUUGUCAAGUCAGAAACCUAAAGUAUUUAGUACCGUUUUCAAUGAUUGCAAACAUUUUUAUUGUCAUUGUAUUUGGUGUGACAAUGUACUAUAUGUUUAUGGACCUACCACCAAUGAGUGAGAGGGAGAUGGUAGCAAGUGUAUCGCAGUGGCCACUCUUCCUGAGCACGGUAAUAUUUGCUAUGGAAGGUAUUGGAGUAGUUAUGCCUAUUGAAAAUGAGAUGGCCAAACCCCAACAAUUUUUGGGUUGUCCAGGAGUCUUAAACGUUUCCAUGGUGAUUGUCAUAACUCUUUAUGCCAUCUUCGGAUUUUUCGGAUACUUACAGUUUGGUGAUGAAGUGAAAGGAAGCAUAACGUUGAAUCUACCUCAGGAUUCAUGGGUUGCACAAGGUGCUAAACUUUUAAUGGCGUUGGUUAUAUACCUUUCUUUCGGCCUUCAGUUCUAUGUACCUAUGGAGAUGAUACAACGUCUUCUACUACAGAAAUAUUCAAAAAAAUAUGAAAAUUUAGUUCAAAUCAGUAUAAGGACGUUUAUCGCUAUUCUUGUCGUGGCAGUGGCUGUGGCGUUUCCUAAUCUGGAACUCGUCAUCAGUCUGGUUGGGGCCAUCUUCUUCUCUACUCUGGGACUACUCAUUCCUGCAGUGGUCGACACUGUCUACCGAUGGGAGAAAGGCUUGGGCAGAUUCAACUAUAUUUUGUUUAAAAACACAAUAAUAAUUAUUAUUUCUAUCAUUGCUUUAUUAUCUGGUUCUUAUGUAUCUAUACUUGGUAUGAUAGAGGAGUCUUCACAAAAAUCCGAUAUUCAUGUUAACUCUACGAUGACG